AUGAGCAACCAAAAGAGUAUAUUGUUGACGGUACCAGAUGGUACGCGAACAGUUUUACUAGAUGAACCUCAUAGAAGACAUUCGUUAGCGGAACCAGGUGGUGUGCAAUUCGAUUCUGAACAAUUAGAAAGGGGUAGGUCAAGGGUUAAAGCCGCUCGAGGAAUUAAAUCAAAUAGUGGUUCAAGGUCCCGUAGUAGAAAUCCAAGUCAUGUAAGGAAUGGAGAGUUUCUCAAAUGGACAGUGUUGAAAAGAGAUCCUUCAAUGAGAUUACACAAGAAACCGCACGGUAACGGUAUAGGCAACAAUGCUGAUGACGAAGAAGAAGAAGAAGAAGAUGAAGACCAAGAAGAUGAGGAUUUAGUAUCUGAUGAAGAACAAGUUAGUGAUGUGGAGAACGAUCUUGAAAUUGAUGAGCAGAUGCAUUACGAUAUGGGGACAAGAGUAUUACCCAAUUAUGCGGCGUCCAUAAAUGAAGUACUCGCCUCAACCAAGUCAUGGAUCUCCACUUAUGAAUCCCAAGAGACAACCCAAGACGUCAGCUUUACCAAAUUACCGGGUGGCUAUUCCAGGUGUUGCCAGCUUCUGUCACGUGGCAAGGGCGCUACUACUCGUCGGAGUUUUGUCCUCUGUACAGAUCUGACAACAGAAUCUCACUAUGCACUUGCAUACGUAAUUGGUGCCCUACUGAACAAUGGUGAUACGCUUUAUAUCGUUCACUGGGAUGGCAAACAGCCCGGUAGUAGUAAGGAAACUCUUGAACAAAGCGUCAAGUCUCUAAGACAACAUGUUUUACACAAACUAGACUGUGCAAGUGCAAGUUUACAAGAUUUGGACGUUGUAUUGCUAUCAUUGUCGCAUCCAUACCCUAAACAUUUAUUAAGUGAGAUGAUCUACGCAUUACAGCCCAUUGCUCUAUGUUGUUCAUUGUCAUUGGUACUAACAACGCUACAGAAUUUUGUUUGUUCAGUACCAACUUUAGUGAUCAGAAAGAAAUUGAAGAGAUCAAAAAGAAAGGGUAUCAGCGACUAG